AUGGCGAGGGAGGUGAACGACCAGGGACGGGGGUCCAGCCAUGUCGUCCUCGACAUGGAGAUGGCAUCCCCCCCCCUGAUACCAGAUCUUCCUCCUAUCGGCGAUGGUAGGGCGUCCUGUCAUGCGGAUCCUCUGGUGAAUCUGAUCAGGUCGAAACUCCCGAAACGGAACGCAGGCGGCGGCCGGAACCCUUCUAUCUGCUGGGUUCAUCCCGACAUGAGGAAGGUAGAGGAGGAAGCCUACGAGCCCAAGCUGGUCUCCAUCGGCCCGCUCCACCGCAAGAAGGACAGACUGCUCCCCAUGGAACAGGUCAAACUGGAGUAUCUGAGCGGCCUCCUAGAUCGACACAACGAGAACCGCCUCGAGAAUUACAUCGCCGUAAUCCGCAGCUGCUUGCUCGACGCCAGGGCGCAGUACCCGGAGAAGAUCGAGCUCUCCGACGACGAAUUCGUGGAGAUGCUCGUGGUCGACGGUUGCUUCAUCAUCGAGUACUUGGCCAAGCGUAUCUUCGCCACCACGAAGGAGACGGCCCUCCUCGCCAGCGUCAGAUGGGGAUUCGCUCACCUGCGGAGGGACCUGCUGCUGCUGGAGAACCAGAUCCCUUUCUUCGUUCUAACCGGGCUAUUCCGGGAGACCAAGAUCCCCUUCACCGGCAAUCGAAAGGAACCUCUGAAUCUUAUAGAAUUGGUCCUCCGAUUCCUCAGAAUUGAGAAGCCGCCGAAGGUAAACCUAGAACCGGGCAAGGUGCUCCAUCUUCUCCACAUCUAUCAUCUGUGCCUGGAUCCAGAAUGCGUGGAGGAGCCCCACCAGCGCUCUUGCGGCGAGCUGGCGAUGUACCCACUGAAGAAAUCAAAAGAUCUGAUCUCCAUGUUUUUCUUCGCCUUCCUCUAUCUGAUUUUCAUUCGACACUGGCCCCCCUUCUUCGGUCCCACCAAGAAAUUGAAGGCGCCGAGAGAGAUUCCAUGCGCGACGGAGCUUCGCGCGGCGGGGAUCAAAUUCAAUAAGAAGGUAGCCCCACGAGGUCAGACCGCCUGCUACCUGAAGGUUUCGUUCAGAGACGGGAUACUGGAGAUCCCGUUCCUGUCUGUGGAUGGGACCACCGGCGCCCGUCUGCGGAACCUCAUGGCCCUGGAGCAGUGCUGCGGGAAAGUUGGAAAUCACUUCACCAGCUACUGCGUCUUCAUGGACAACAUCAUCAACACCGCCGGCGACGUUGCUAUCCUACGGAGCCGCGGCAUCCUGGAGAGCAAGCUCGGAAGCGACGCCGAGGUCGCCAACCUGUUCAAUAAUCUCUGCAGGGGCACCCAUCUCAAGUAUGAUAAGCACUACAACAAAGAAAUCUUCGAGAAAGUGGUGACCUUCUCCGAAUUCGCCCACCACAAAUGGCGGGCGAGCCUGGUGCACAACUACUUCAGCAACCCAUGGGCUAUGUUCUCCGUGUUGGCUGGUUUUCUCCUAAUCGCUUUGGCUGGUAUUCAAGCGUACUUCACAGUCUUCCCGAGAAAGUAG